ACCAGUUCCUAAUCCACUCAUCCACCAUUAACAAAUCUAACUGUUCACUUUCUAAUCUAAUCCAACGACACCAAAAGCAAAACUGAAGAAACAGUGAUGACAAUGGCUCCAUCGUCGCCGGCGGUAGUUAAAGUGUCGCCAUGGCACACACCGGUACCGUACUUCUUCGGAGGUUUAGCUGCCGUUUUGGGUCUCAUUGCGUUUGCUCUCUUGAUUCUCGCCUGCACCUACUUAAAUGUUACCGACGAUGACCAGAACGACGGCGACGGAGAGAGAGACCUUGAAGCCGGAGAUGCCAAAUCCGAUAAUCACAAGAAGGAACUCACUGUUUUCGAAGACAAGUAUCUGGUAAUCAUGGCGGGAGAAGCGAAACCGACUUUUUUGGCAACACCUGUUACAAACAAAACGUUGUCUUUUGGUAGUUGUGGCUGCCGGAAUAACCCAUCGGAGAAAUUGUCGACGUCGGAGAAGGUGAAAGAAGGGAGCAACGAUCAGCUACAAGUAAGGAACAUCGACAAUCAGUAGACCCCAGAUCAGCUCCAUUAGCAUUAGCUUCUUCUGCUUUUGCUUUUAAAAAAUUCAUGGGAGAGUCUUGACUAAUCGAGCCAUCUGAUAUCAGUUUUGUUCAUCGAAAACGGUGGUGAUCGUGGAGAGCAUGUUAGAUACAGUGAGGGCUUCCAUAGGUGAUUGUAGGGCUUGUUCUUGUUUUCUUCUUCAACUGAGUGUACUUGUUUGUACAUACAAUUAAAGUCGCUAAAAUUCAAUUUGAUGAAGAACAAAAUUCAGUACUGCUUAAAACAUUUACACUAAUUUAAAUGUUAUUAUUUGUAAUUUAAAUUUUCAUUUAAUGUAAUAUCUCUGGUUGUUUAUUUA